AUGCAACCGCUCGUUCUCGACCACAACAGUCCGUCAGGACUGGUUGACACCAAAAAGGCCGGAAGCACGACCGUUGUCUGGGGCGACUAUGGGCUGCGGAUGAAAGAUCACGAUCGACGAGUCUCGGCCAAACAACUCAAGAACGCCGAAGAAACUAUCAACAGGAGAUUGCGAGGCGAACGUUUUAGGUUGUACAAGAGAGUAAGCGCAAAUAUUGGUGUCUAUACGAAAGGCAGUGACGUGCGAAUGGGAAAAGGAAAGGGUAAAUUCGACUAUUGGGCAGCACGUAUACCAGUCAGUAGGGUCGUGUUUGAGAUUAAGAGCAAACUCCACGAGCAGGUGGUAAGAGACGCAUUUAGGUUGGCUGGAAACAAAUUGCCUGGCCUCUGGGAGUUCGUAAAGAAGGGAGACCCCCCAAUGGUUGGCAUCACAAAACUGGGCAAUGGAGUGACAUUGGAGCAGCUCAAGGAGGCCAGGAGAGAAAUGGAACCCAAGGACAACAACAGAACACAGCCGACCACACCUGCGAUGGAAGGGCCUCCUCAGACGAUGGGAACUGGACUAGGUCCGCCGCCAACAGCUUUUCACGUUUCGCCCUGA